CGACCAGUCCCGAGCGUGUCUCUGUGUUCACCCUCUCUUUCUGGGCUCUCUCCAUCUUCUCUUUCUUCCCUUCUUCAUCUUUUCUGUAGACCUUUGCUGCAUCUGCACACCCUUCAAGACUUUCAACAAGACCGGGCAAAAACAGCAAACACAUCCUCCUCCAUAAAAACUCUUGAGUCACUUUUCAAGAAACCGCCAGUCAAGCCUUCAGCUGUUUGUAGUGUCGGUGUGGGAGAAAGAAACCAUGUCUCAGCAGAUGUUGCUCUUGACGGUGGUGUCCAUUUGGCUUUUUGCCGGGUACUUUCUGGCAGAGGCAACAUAUUCCAACCACCAUAUGCACAACCGCUAUCGUGCGUUCAAUCACCAUACCAACAUGGACAAUCAGCUUCCUCCAGAGGUACCUGUGGUGAAGGAAGCAGUGGCCCCUCGUCCGGUCAACUUCAGUCGCACCUUUUAUGGGAUCAUGUUUGAUGCUGGCAGCACCGGCACCCGUAUCCACAUUUACAGGUUCAUUCAAAAAGACCCAGCGGUGCUUCCAGUGCUUGACAAUGAGAUGUACCAUGCCGUGAAGCCUGGAUUAUCAGCAUAUGCAGAUAAGCCUGAAGAGGGUGGAGAAACCCUUAGGCAAUUGCUGAAGGUGGCUAAGAAGACGAUUCCCAAAGAGGAAUGGAUACAGACACCUGUGGUUCUGAAAGCCACUGCCGGCUUGCGCCUGCUGCCUCAAGAAAAAGCCAAAGCCUUGUUGGAUGAGGUCAAAGAAAUUUUUGACGACUCUCCUUUCUUUGUGCCAAACAACAGUGUCACCAUAAUGAAUGGCACCAAUGAAGGGGUCUUGGCAUGGGUUACAGUAAACUUCCUCACAGGUCAUUUGUAUGCUAAAACAAGGAAAACUGUUGGGAUCCUGGAUUUGGGUGGAGGUUCAACUCAGAUUACGUUCCUUCCUAAGUUAAAGAAAACUGUACUGUCUGCUCCUCCAGACUACAUUGCCAAAAUCAAUAUGUUCAACAGCACCUAUGCGCUGUAUACUCACAGUUACCUUGGAAAUGGAUUAAUUGCUGGCAGACUGGCAACUCUUGGUGCUCUUGGUGCUGAUGGACUUGACUGGAAAGUUUUCAGAAGUUCUUGUUUGCCAAAAAAAUUCAGAGAAGACUGGAGCUUUGGUGAACACACCUACAAAGUCAGUGGAACCCCAGAUGGUUAUGCAGGGUACAAGUUGUGCUACCAAGAGGUGACGCGAGUGGUGAAAGGAAUUGUGCACCAGCCCUUUGAGGUCAAGGGAAGCAGCAUCUUCUAUGCCUUUUCCCAUUACUAUGACAGAGCCGUGGAUUCCGGUCUCAUUGACGGAUCUCGUGGUGGUACUGUGGAAGUCAGGGAUUUCAAAAAAAAAGCCAAAGAAGUGUGCAACAAGAUGACUAAAUACCGCCCAAUCAGCCCCUUUUUGUGCAUGGACAUGACCUACAUCACAUGCCUACUGAAAGAGGGAUUCGGCUUCAAGGAUAGCACUGUUCUGCAGCUUACCAAAAAGGUGAAUAACGUGGAGACAAGCUGGGCACUCGGCGCCAUCUUUGAUCAUUUCCACAAUCUCAACAUUCAAUAAAUCCUGCAGUCUUGUGGAUACCAGCAUGAGAAAUGGAAAAAUCUCACCUGGUCAAGCAGUCUCCCCCCUUCCUCCUACCCUAAAACUCUUAAGUGGGUUUCAGAUCUGUCCUGCACUGCAGCCCUGAAUCUCAACACUCUUCUUCCUCACCAACUAAACACCCAGAGAACUGUUCACAAAGAAAUCACUAUAUUUUUGUAAAGAUGGCCAGGCCAGUCUGCUAUUUCUACUGUAUGUUUACAUUUUUUUUCAGCUGUCGUCUUAGACCCAUUCAAAGCUCUUGAUUCAUGCUGUUGUGCAGGAUAUUGUGCAGUGUGACACAUGUAAAAACAUUGCGUUGAGUAGUGUAGCUUCCGUAGCUUCUUCUACAGUUAUCUGUUAUUAGUAGUGCUUGCACGGUAGUGUAGUGCUGUUUUAGGUUAUGGUGAAUUAUAUUGCAAUUUCCAUGUAGUGGCACGUAACACUUUAACGUAGCUGGUAGAGCUACAGCAAUCGGUCUGUUUUAGUUUGGGAUCCGCAGCUUAAACUGGUGAUGAUUGGACAAGUGCGGAUCAGAAGAAAUCAAAUAUAGUCACUUUACAUGGGCACAUGAAUGCUGUUUUACAUAUUAAUGAAUAAUGCAUGUAUUUACACAUAUCUGUUUGAAUGGUAAAGAGGUUUCCAUAGCUAGAGUUGUAGAGUUGAGGUGGAAGCUUUUCAGAUAGAUAUCACUUUUGGUGAAAAUCUAUAGGUGCUUUUUUUAACCGGGGUCCAACCAACCAUGGUUUUUAACACUGAAUGGCAUGCAGUUUAAUACACUUGCACUGCAGCCAUCAUCAAAUUAAAAAGGUAUACAAAUGCUUACAUGGCUAAAUCCUAGUAUAAAUAGCCUACUAAAAUGACUCGAAUGACUACUGGUCAGAGGUUAUUAAAGUAGAUAUUAUUCAUUACUGUAUUUAAACAGUUAUUUUUACACCAACAUGCAAACAGAGUUUAGAGUACCUUCAACCUCUUUUAUGUCUUUAAACUUGGGUUAGUUAUUGUGGAUGGUUUUAGGGGGUCAUUAUGUGUAACAGCGUUAAAAAGUUGCUGUUGUGUGUAUGCACAGAUGCUCAGUUGUAAUUGGGCAAAAUUAGGUCAGAUUUUGUUAAACGUGACAGGUGCAUACUGCUGACAGAUUUAGGACCAGUGUCAGAAAGUAACAGUCUUUGUUCACUUGGCAGUAUCAUGUUAAGUGCGUUUUGUGAAUUAUUGUACAAAUAUUUAUUACAUGGAUACUUGCUGAAUAUGCUGUGAGGCGUUGUUGCAUUUCUUAAUCCAUCAGCUUCAGUAUACCUUUAUAUGUCGGUUUUCUACGACUGUAUAUAUAUCAGUAUUUUUUUUUUUUUUUUUUACCAAUUGUGUGUCAUAGUUCAACAUAUAACAUGAGAUUAUCAUGUAGGCUUCACCAUUAUUAGUGGUAUUCUAUACAGCAAAUGCUAUAAAUAUGCUUUCCAAAUGUGUUGUGUAUGAAGUGAUAUUGCACAUGUAUGAAUAAAAAAUAAAUACUAAA